AGAGAAAUAAAACAGCUUUGUCUACUAAUCUGAAUUAACAAACCUAACUUUCCUCUUACUUGUUGUGCAUUAAUCAGUUAAUUAACGCUUUCUUAGUAGUAUUAGUGCAGUGUGAAUCAAGAAUCAAGAUACAGAGUUGAAGUGACCAUCAAGCAUCGAAAUGUAUUAAACCCACAACUUCUAAAGCACUCCGGUGGAGAAAAGAACCCGAGUUUCUUCCCCCGUCGAUUGGAAUGGAACCUCCUCCUCCUGAAUAUCAAACCGCAUCUUUGUCUUCCAAGGAUAGACGCUUCAAACCCAUUUGGCGGAUUCUCUUGAUCUCUAAUUUGGCUCUUGGAGCUUACAUAUUUGCAAAGGCAAGAAAGAAGAAUUCAAGCACUGAAGAAAUUAAAGGUGCAAAAACAGGGUCAGAAAGUGCCAAAGUAGCGGAUGAUGUUUCUCCCGUUUCUGCUGUUCCUGAGGCAGUCAAUGUUUCUCCUGUUCCUGCUGUUCCUGAUGUAGGUAAUGUUUCGCCUAGACCUGAUGUUCCUGAGGUAGUUCAUGUUUCUCCUGUUCCUGCUACAAUUCCCCCAAUCCCUGAGGAAACACCACUCCCUCCACCACCUCCCCCAGUUCCGAAGCCAGUGAAAGAGCCACAGCCCAUCCUAGAAUAUCAGCAACGUGAGCUUUUCAAAUGGUUACUAGAAGAGAAAAGAAAGGUCAAACCUAAGAAUCGUGAAGAAAAGAAAAGAAUUGAUGAAGAGAAGGCUAUUCUCAAACAGUUCAUCCGUUCAGAAUCCAUCCCUAGAAUUUGAUUCAUGAUCGGAGAUUAUAACUCAUCGGAUUCACUGCCCAAAUUUUCAACUAAGGGCAACUUACCAAGGAUGUAUUUGCAGAAAGAUGUACAACGGUUUUUCGCAUUUUGGUGCUUGUUAUAUUGGAGAUUAUAAACUCACAUUUGAUUC